AUGGCUCAGGUCCAAGGCCACUGCGACGCCCGGUUUUCCAAGCUACGCGACUUAAUGCAAGAGUUUAUCGCGUCCGGACAAGACAUCGGUGCUAGUCUGUGCAUUAAUAUCGACGGGGGAGAUAACGUGGUGGACAUAUGGGGGGGCUACGCCGACGCAUCUACCAAGCAACCAUGGGAAAAGGAUACGGUAGUAAAUGUCUUCUCGACCACGAAACUAGUCACCAACCUGGCGGCUCUAAUGCUAAUAUCGCGUGGCGUGCUCGCCCCCGAGGAUAAGGUGGCCCAGCACUGGCCUGAGUUUGCAGUAAACGGGAAGUCGGAGGUCACGGUCGGCCAAGUACUAGCCCACACGGCGGGUCUCAGCGCAUGGCAGGACAAUAUGACGCUAGAGGACCUAUACGACGUCGAGGCGGCAACCGACAAGCUAGCGUGCCAGGCACCGCUGUGGGCUCCUGGGACCGCAAUGGGAUACCACGGCAUGACGCAGGGAUUCCUCGUCGGGGAGCUAGUGCGAAGGAAAACGGGCAUGUCAAUCGACAAGUUUGUAAAGGAGGAUAUUUGCAGGCCGCUAGGCGAUGGGACGGACUUUCAGCUCGGGUGUCGCAAGGAGGACUGGAACCGGGUGGCCCCCGUCGUGCCUCCACCAGGACCUUCGAUCCAGGAGAUGCUUAGCCAACAGGCGGGAUAUAAGGAGGACUCAAUCGUCGCGCGCACGUUUUGUAACCCCUGUCCCACGGCCGAGGACGCUAACACUGAGCUCUGGCGGUCCAGCACGUUGGGUUCAGUCAACGGCCACACAAACGCUAGGGCGUUAGUCAAGAUCCUCUCCUGCUUCUCGCUCGGCGGGACAUGUGCGGAUGGAGGCCAUCGCCUACUGUCGGCCGAGACAGUGAAACUGGCGCUUACAGAGCAUGCGACUGGAAUAGAUGUGGCAACUGGGCGGAGCGGCAGGCGUGGACUUGGGAUUUACCUCACCGGGCCUGGGUCGGGGAUCGUUGAGGGCAAGCUGCCGGACGGCGUUGUUGGAUGGGGUAGCGGAUGGGGUGGUUCGAUCGUGGUUAUGGAUAGCGACAGGAGGCUCACAAUCGCGUAUGCUAUGAACAGGAUGCUGAACGCGGAACAUCCUUCCCCAGCAGCCUAUAUCAAGGCGGUUUAUGAGAUACUUGGAGCUACCUAA